GCACUAGGGGCACAGUUCGCAAACAGUCCUGGUUCGAGCGCGAUCAACUAGGAGGUUUCCGGUUCAAAUUCUACACUCAAUAGUGCAAUCAGUGUGAGUCAGUGUUCCCAGCCACAACGAGAGAGCUGCGUUAGUUAAAACAUUCAAAAUGAACACCUUUGUGUGCGGAUUCGUGCUGCUGCUGGUGGCAGUUUGCUCCGGCUCCUAUCAUGGUUCUCCAGCGGGUCAUUGGGAUCAUGCACCGGCCCAGAAAUGGCACGGUCCUCUGCACGUUCCAGUGAUCGAGAAGGGCGUUCCAGUUGAGCCUCCAGCAGUGCAACACGCCAAAGCCGCACAUGCCGCAGCCCAUGCUAAACUCCAGGCAUACGGUCCAGGACCGGGAUACGGCCCAGCUCACGAUCAGCACUCCGGUCCAGCGUACGGAGCCUGGCAUGGACCCCAGCACAUUCCAGUGAUCAAAAAUGGAGUUCCAGUGGAGACUCCGGAAGUGCAGCAUGCCAAGGCCGCCCACUUCAAUGCCGUGGCGAGUGCGGGUGCUCACGCUGGGGCCCAUGGAUACGAAGAUGAUGGCUCGUACAAGCCACACUGGGGUGCCCAUCACUACUAACCCUAGCCCCUGUAUGCUCACACUCUCAGCUAUCUCAGUCCAACCAACCACUGCCACCACUGCCUUUAUCAAUACCUGUUAACAAAACGUGAUGAUUCUCAAUAGUGACCGCAAAGCUUCCGGCUUCCCUGAUCUAUACUGCUAUUGAGUGCUUAGAAUGUAAAACUGUCGUGCGCACGAGGAAACAACGAGAAGAGUUCUCCCACGAACUAAAAGGCGAUUCCGUUUUCGUUUAUGUUUCAACACUUUCGAAGCGAAUCAAAUGUCAUCUCAGGAAUUAACGACAAAAUUGCAGCUGUGAAUUGAUACCUGUUCGUGGGACUAGCUUCGAAAGGAGGCGCGUGUCCAGCUCCGAAGUCUGGGAACAACGAGAUUAUAAACGCUGUUUUACUCUUAUGUAUAAACUUUUACCUUUAUGUGUAGCCUAUACUUUGUACUUUAUUAUGUGUAAGGAACAUGCAAAUCCAAGACAAUAUUGGAGGAAAAGCAAA